AUGAGGUCUAUACCAAAAUGGGUUGACAAAGUUCAAGAUAGUGAAAAACAAGGACAAAGCAUUUAUGAUCUCUGUUUCAACCCUGAGGGUACCCAACUGAUAGUAGCAGGUGGAAACCACGUUUUAGUUUACAACACCAAUGAUGGUAGUCUCAUACAACUCCUGAAAGGCCACAAAGACAAAGUACACUCAGUAUGUUAUGCGAAAAAUGGAGAAAAGUUUGCCAGCGGGAGUGCAGACAAAAACGUGAUAAUUUGGUCCAAUAAGCUAGAGGGUUUGCUCAAAUACAGCCAUGGUGAUUCAGUUCAGUGCCUUGCAUUCAAUCCCCUGUCUCAUCAACUAGCUUCCUGUGCCUUAUCAGACUUUGCUUUCUGGAGUACAGAGCAAAAAGCAGUUCAGAAGCAUAAGAUAAAUGUGAGAAUAAACUCUUGUUCUUGGACCAAUGAUGGCCAAUAUUUAGCUCUAGGUUUAAACAAUGGAGUCAUAUCAAUUAGGAAUAAGUUAGGGGAAGAAAAAGGCAAAAUAGAAAGACCCAAUGGUCCUUCCAUAUGGGCACUAAACUGGAAUACAAAUAAAGAAGACCAAACUGACACACUUUGUGUAACAGACUGGGGCAAAACUCUGUCAUUUUAUACCUUGGGUGGUAAAAUGAUUGGGAAAGAAAGAAACAUAGGUUAUGAGGCUCUCAGAGUUAGAUACUUUCCCCAUGGGGAUUUCAUACUGACUGGAGGAUUGAAUAUGGCUUGUACUAUGUAUACGAAGGAUGGCAUCAAAUUAGGUGUCAUUGGGGAUAUUCAAAACUCCUGGGUGUGGUGUUGUGAAGCUCAUCCAAAUGGAAAUUUUGUAGUUCAACUUCCUGAAAGAGUUGUUAUCUAUGAACUCUAUUCCAAAGAUGCCAAUGACAUGCAUUAUAGGGCUAAAGAAAAAAUAACACAAACACUGGACUGCAACCUAUUAGUUGUAUGUUCAGAACAUAUCGUCAUUUGUCAGGAGAAAACCUUGCAGAGCAUGUUUUUUGCUGGGGAAAAGGAAAAAGAGUGGAACUUUGACAGCCCCAUUAGGUGUCUGGAUUUGAGUCAAAGAAAAGAAAAGUUAGCAGUAGUGGACGACACAGGCCUCUGUCAAAUAUUCAAUGCCAGAACGGAAGAAUUGUUCUUUCAAGAGAUGAACGCCAACAGUGUGGCUUUCAACAAUCUCUACGAAGACAUGCUCGCUUUCAGCGGCAACAGCAAUUUGUCGAUAAAAGUUAUGGAUUUUCCUGCGCAUGUGCAGAAAUUGAACGGAUUCGUGGUGGGCCUGACGGGAUCUAAGGUAAUACAAAAAACGAAUACCAUGAUAUCCUGA